AUGAGUAUUUCUUUGCUGUGUGCGAUCAUCUGGAAUAUUAUCUUUUACGCUCCAUCAGAAAGUGCUGAGCUACAAUGUUCGGGGUCUGAAGCUGGGCCUUCUUAUGAAUCCCUGCAAAGUGUAUUUGAUAAGAAGUCAUUUCGUCCAACCCUGAAUUACAGCCGACCGACUAGUGUGAAUAUCUCAUUUACAAUCUACGCAGUGCUUGGAGUGAAUGAAAAAACUCAGAUUCUAACCACAUUCCUCUGGCUCCGUAUGUUUUGGCAGCAUGAGUUCCUGACUUGGACCCCAGCAAACUGUGGAGCUGUUGAAAAAAUCUCUCUUCCAGUAGAAGACAUUUGGACACCUGACAUAAUAGUUUAUGAGUUCAUAGAUGAGGAUAAAUCGCAGCGCACACCAUUUGUUUAUGUAAAUCACACAGGACGUGUCCGAUAUGACAAAAUGAUUCGAGUAGUCAGCUCAUGCAAUCUUGGGAUCUUCAAUUUCCCAUUUGAUGUUCAGAACUGCUCAUUAACCUUUGGCUCCUACAUGCAUACAGUGAGGGAUGUGCGGCUUGGGCUGGCUCUUCCAGUGGAACAAAUUCUUCAAAACUCUCUACAGUACCUUGAGACCAGUGGCGAGUGGGAACUCCUCAGAAUUGAAGGAUCCCCUGAUAUUCUGAGAUUUGGCAUUGAUGAAUGGGAUAUAAUCACAUUCUGGGUGGUGGUCAGGCGGCGUCCUAUCCUGUAUGUGGUGAAUUUGCUCAUCCCCAGUGCUUUUCUGAUGUUGAUUGACAUCUUGAGCUUCUUUCUUCCACCACACAGCACUGACAGAGCCUCUUUUAAGAUGACCUUGCUCUUGGGAUACACUGUGUUCCUGCUCAUUAUGAAUGACUUGUUACCGAGUACAGCCAAUGGUACUCCACUGAUUGGUAUUUACUUUUCAGUUUGCCUGGCUUUGCUUGUGCUCAGUUUACUGGAGACAGUUAUUAUCACUCACGUACUGCAUCGUGGGACACAGAGUGGUAUAGUGCCGUGCUGGGUGAAACGCUUUGUCUUAGGCUUUCUAGCUCAGCUGGUCUGUUACAAUGAUGUUUCUGUCAGUGAUGAAAACCCUAUCACUAAUAAUCACACACUCUAUCCUACCAAUGACAUUGAUGCACCAAGACAGGCACCACCCAGUCCUUGUCAUGACAAUGGCACUAACACAGAGCACAAGGAGUUCUCACCACCAGUUUUUGAGUUUCUCUCACCCGAAACUCUGUGCUCUGGUGCGGAAAGGCUGCUAGCACUUAUCAGUCAAAAUCUUCGUAUGGUGAGAGAAAUGUUAGAAAGCAGACAACAUUUUAAGGCACAAGAAGAAGAGUGGGUGAAAAUUGGUUAUGUGUUGGACUCACUGCUAUAUCGUCUUUAUCUUAUCUUCAUUGGGUCAUAUGCCAUUAUCAUCAUCAGCGUGUGGUGUGUCUGGUAUAACACAUAA